CGCGCACGUGUGGAACAUCGUCGCCCAGCCCGACGGCACCUUUUACUGGCUGCAGGCCGAGUGCCCAUUUAUUAAUUAUGACUUAUGAACCCGCCCGACUGCACCUUUUGCUGGCUGCAGAGCUUCGUCGGCCACUACUCUCUCCCGUCGUGGAUGCGGCAGAGCGACGCGAAGGGCGAGCGGGACCUGCUCUUCGAGACCGUGCUCCACAAGCUUGAGGCGCUGCAGGAGCUCUUCCGGACCCUCGCUGUCGACAAAGAGCGACCGCAGGCUUGACUUCUUUUUUACAGGCGCUGCGCGAGCUCUUCCGGAUCGUCGCGUGGGACCGCGCCGCCAACGCAAACUACCUGCGGCUCUUCAACGUCGACAUGGACCGCGCGCGCCGCGUCGACAAGCGCGAGACGGCGAUGCACCAGCGGCUGCACCACUUCUCGUGGGACCUCGCAUGCGGCUACCCCGCCGCGGGGCACCGAACAGAGCCGCUCGACCCCGCCGCCAUGGUCGCGUCGCUGGGGGUCGAGAUUGCGGCGGCGGACGAAGAGGAGGAGGGAGAGGAGGAGGAGGCGGAGAGUGUGGCUUGAGGCGGAGUGCGGCGGCCAGCGCACCGUGCGCGCAGUGCCAGUAGAGUAGCUGCAGGCACUGCAGCACCGCUUGUCUGAUUGUCGACGUACUGGUGUUUCCCAGGAAGCCGAGCGGCCUGAGCUCCGACGAACAGGCUCUCCGAGAGAGGAUUGCAUUGUGUUCUAGGUCAAAACACGGUUUUCGAAAGCA